AUGUCUUCAGCACCAGCACCGAAUCAUGGUGGCGGCGUGGCAUCCGACUCUUCCGGUCCAUCGCACUCGCGCGUGCUGCUCGGUCGGAACGCUGGCAAGCUUGAUCCUGUCGAGCAUCCACCCCUUCCCGUCGCUCAAGUGGGCGCAGCGAACCGUGCAGCUCAACUGCGAGGCAUCGCACUGGGUCUUGGCGGAGGUGUGCUGUCAGCCUUCAUCUCUCGAAAGGCGCUGAACCUAUCCAAGAACGCAAGCUACCUCUCUGGUCUACUGGCGGGAACCGGCGUAGCGUACAUCACUGCGAGACAGCAGCUCGAACACAAUCUAGGCGCGGUGGAAAGCGCGGAGAAAGGUCUGCGGACGUCGUUGCGAAACCCAGGCGGAGUCGCAGCAGCAUCAGCGUCGGCGGAUAUGGUUUCAGCAACAGACCAGGCUAUGCUCAAGUACGACCUGCAAGCUGGAGACUCGGCGCAUCACGAAGGAGGAGUAGCGGGGUUGCACGAGUUCAAGGACAAGCGACAUCAGAAGGGAGAAGACGCACGAAUUCACUUAUCGGAUGCAGGGAUCAGUGAUCCACGGCAGCUCCGAAGCAGUCAUUCUGCUUCACAUGUACCCUUCCGACUUUUGGCACUACACUGGAUAAGUCAGAAGACUGCGGGGGCCCGAAUGUACAAUCCCAAAGCGGGAAAGUUUCCCACAAUUUCUCCUCCGGGGUUUUCUUUUGACGGCGAAACCUUCUUGUCGAUUAGAGCCAGAGCUAGGGCGAGAGUCAAGCAGAGCAGAGCACGAGCCAAUCUGCACGAGUUGUCGGAAUUCGCCGCACAGACACUCCACUCGAUUGCCACCCUUGUCCUGUGUCUGGAUAUCAUCAAGGUACGAUUCGGUUCUCCUUCUUCCUCUUGCACCGGCAGCACUCAAUCAGGGACACGAAACGACCGAGGCACAACCUGA